CCGGGAGAGGGUGUGGAGGCGGGCGCCGGCGCGGCAUGUCUGCCCUGGCCGCGCCGGCCCCACGCGUCUUCGAGGACAGCAUCCGCGCGUCCGCGCUGAUGCCCACGGUGCACCACAUGACCAGCCCGCAAGCGUACAGCAGGUCGCCGAGCCGCCGCGCGCUGCAGUCGCCACAGGACGGCGAAUCCGAGAACCUGCGCUCGUGCCAGGACCACUUCGAGGUCGUGAUAUCGGCCGAGAAGAUGCAGCGGCGCGCGGCGCUGGCCGAUAUCACAUCGAAGAUCGAGGGUCAGCAGAUCAUGGUCGAGGAGACGUCCAAGCGGCAGGCCCAGCUGGAGGUCACCGUUGCCACCCUGAGGGCUGAGAUCCGGCAGCUCGCCCAAUGGCGUGACGCGGGCGGGGACGCCGAAGCGGCGCAGAGGGACCAGGAGCAGAGGCAAGACCUGGCGGAGCUGGCGAACUCGGUCCAAGCCCUGCACGAGGAGAUGGCAUCGUUCCGCGACCAGGCCCAAUGCCAGGCGGCCCUGGCCGAGGAGACCAGCACCAAGCAGAUCGAGACGGUAGCGAGCGUCAUGGAGCUCGGUCAGGGCCUCCAGGAGAUCGCCCAGACGGUCGUGGCGACCGAGCAGAAAUUGCGGCGAGAGAUCGAGGAGGCCGCCGUGACCCUCGAGGCCUCCGCCCGCGAGGAGGCAGCGAACACGAGCAACCAGAUCCUCGAGGCGCUGCAGCAGACGACCGUGCAGCUGGCCGACAGUUUGGCGACGGAGCGCGAGGGUCGUAAGGAGGCGUUCGACGCCUUGUCGGAGCGCGUCGACGAGCUCUGCCGCUCUAGGCACUCCCCGUCGGCGCUGCCCCAGGAGGUCGAAUUCCUGCGCUCCUUGGUUGACGAGGUGCGCGGCGACGUCACCCGCCUGGAGCUCGCAGCCAAAGCCCCCGAAGGCGGACCCGCGCCCUCGGAGGACGCCGCGCGCCUGGCACAGGUGGAGUCUCAGCUCCAGCGCUUGUCGGAGCAGAGUUCCGCGUUCGAGGCGAGUAUGGAGGAGGUCCGGGGAGACCUCAUGGCGCUGAAGGAGGUCGGGGACAUGCUCCUCACAGACCUGCAGGAGCGCAGCGCGGGGGCCGACGCGGCGGGCGGCUCCCAGUUCGCCACCGUGGACGCGGCCACGGGCGCCACCCCUGCCGACGGCAGUAGCUGCGCGCAGGCGAUGGUGACGUUCUGCGAUGUCGGAGGGGCCUUCGGGCCCGCGGCGGCCCAGGACGGGAGCGAGCCUGGCACCCCGCGCAUGGUGCAGUCCAUGCCGCGGAUGCAGUCGUCCGACGCCGGCCAGUGCACGUCGAAGUGCCUCAGCGAUUUCGCGAAAGUGGAGAGGGAACGCAGCGUGUCCCCCGCGCCUUGUCGCGAUACGAAGUCGCCGCGCGGCCCGGACCCCGUGAGGUCGUCCCACACGGGCUCGGCGAACAACGUUCCGAUGGUGGCGCCUCCACGUGGGACAAUGUCCGCCACGAGCAACCACAUCGCGGGGCAGGGCCAACGGAUGAGCGGCCUGGGCAGCGUCCGGUGCACUUCCCCGGCCGCCGCCAUCCGCAGACGGAGUCCCGAGGUGCGAUCCAGGGCCAGCACUUCGGUCGACGGCUGCAAGAUGGGCGGAUUGCAGACGAAGGGGUCCUUCGCCCUCCUGCAGGGCUCGCCGCCCCAAUCUGGGCCUUUCGGCAUGCGCAGCGCCGCCGGCUCGUUCGUGACGCCGGUCCAGGCCGCGAUGCGAGUGGCAGGCCGCCCCGGCGCUUCCUUCGUGGCCGCGCCCCCCCAGCCGAUGGCCGCUCCAGUCCAGGCGGCACAGGCGCAGAUGACAAACGCACUACCUCCUUCACUCCCUUUCUUGUCCCUGGCCUCGUCAUCCAGCGCUCCUGCUCUUCCCCGUCGCCCCUGCCCCCGCCCUCCCCUCGUUCUCCCCUCUUCCCCCAUACUGCCACACUCCCCACGUCUCCUCCCCAAAGCCACUCCAAAGUGAAUUUUUGUUUCAGGUGCAGCUGGCUGGCACGCAGACGGCUGGGUCCGCGGUCGUCCGGGGGACCUCCAACAUGGCUCCCAUGAUGCAGAUGCAACAAUCACCGCACAUGCCGUGCAGGUGAGCCGCGCCCGCGGAGGUGUCCCAAGCGCGAGAUCAGCGCUGGCGUUCCAGAGAGAGGGACGUAUACCGACAGGGAGGGGCUUUGCGGGUUCAGGACGUGACCGACGUUGUCGCCUGCAGGGCACACGGACAUAUUGUGAGGCCAGGAAGAAUCGGGACUACGAAUUUGGCUUCUUGGGGCCAGCUAGAUGGGGCCGCGUGGCAUCGGGGACCGCUUGUCGCGUCUGCGGCUCCCCGCCCAGCCCAUGCUUGCUAAUGGCGAUAUCGCGCUCUUGCAAAUUAGUCCCCGCCGUGCAGCCUUGUCCAGCGUUGGCCGCCAAAAUCGAUGUUUCGUCUCCGACGGCCUUUUCGCCGCUGUCGUGCACGCCAUCUUGCGCGCGUGCUGUCAAUGAGAUAUGUUUUGUUCAAAG